GUCUGUCCGUCCCCCGUCGGCACCGAGCCGUCCUCCGGAGUCGCCGUGAGGCCGGGAGCCGGCUGGGAACGUGGUCGUUUCUCUGUCGCUCUGUGCGUUCGUCGGUUAAACGUUUCCCGUUCGUUUCUGGGCGCUUCUGCCCGCGGUCGUUUCUGCAGCUCCGGUGGUUUUGCAAAGGUGAAACUCGGACGGCAUCUUCUUACUGGUGAAAAAGUUGCAACAAAAAUCACGGACAAAGUUGCUUUGGGGAUGACUUGCCUCGUGUUAAAACAAAUUGAUGCCAUGAAGAACUUAAGUCAUCAAGAUGUUUGCCAAUUGCAUCAUGUAAUAGAGACAUCAAAGAAAAUAUUCAUGGUCUUAGAGCAUUGUCCUGGAGGGAAGCUGUUUGAUUAUAUUGUUUCUAAGGACCACCUUUCAGAGGAGGAAGCUGGAGUCUUUUUUCGACACUGUUUCAGCAGUCGCUUAUGUUGCCAGUCAGGGUCAUGCCCACAGAGACCUCAAACCACUGAGCUGGAUUUUGUUAUCCUUGAAGAUAAAGAUAUCCAUAUUUUCCUCUGAAAGGGGAGUAAAACAUCAAGGCCCUAAUGGGAGUGGAGCAGAGACACAGGUAUGAUACGAAUGUUGUUUUUACACUUUCCUUACGCCCUUUGUUGCAGUUUGUAUCUAGAGAGAGCCCUUGUGGUGUCAGCCUGUUAUGUAGACUGCUCCAGUUUUGUGCCUCAAGGAAGAGUGAUCCUUUAAACAAAUAGUGGCUGUGGGAUGAGAUGUAUGCCUCUGGCUCCAUCCAGUGGGUUUUCUGUCACUGAAGGCUUUAAGCACAGAUCAGAUACUGGAAGGUUUGAGUCUUUCUACACAAGUAGAUUACAACUUUGCAUUUCUUAAGUUGCUGAUAUCGCCAAGUAAAGCAAAUCAUUACAGCACAAGCAUUUUCCCAGGCAUCUUAUGAAAUCCUUAGAUCUAAAGAAUAUUUCCCCUCUGAAAAAUAAAGCAUUGUCUAUACUUUUUGGAAGGAACUGGCUUCCAGCUGAAAAGCUGAUGGAUUCAAAGGCUCAGACAGUAACUUGGAAUGGAGGUGACUUCUAGAGAUUUGUGCCUGAACCUGCUGCUCCAAGAAUCCUGACACCAAGUUUCUCAGAGCUUUUUCGUUUUCAUCCUCAGCCUCUCCCAAGGAUGAGGCUGCAUGCUCUCUGUGGGCAAUCUGUUCAAUACUUGAAAAGUUUUUGUUUCCUUAUAUCCAGUCUGCUGUUUCAAUGAAUGACUGUUUUCUGUCACUCUCCCACCAUGACCUGCUGUACAGAUUCUCAGUCUGUCUUCAUCCCUCCCUUGUGGGCGUUUAGAAGUUGCCAUGAGGUUCCUCUGCACUCUGAACAAACAUCUUUCUCCCCAGUUUCUCUUCACUGAGUGGGAGCUUCAGCUCCCUGCACUGACUGGAGGCCAUCCACAAAACUUGCUUCAGGUUGUUAUCUUUCCUGGUCAAAAACUAAAUACAGUAUUGUAAAUGUGGUCCAGUGAGUGUGAAGCAGGGGUGACUUGUCCUGGUCUGGUUGUGCUACUUUUUAAUGCAGCCAAUUAUCCUGUUAUGCUUUUUUUUCCUGUCAGAACACACUUCUGGCUUGCGUUCAUCUUGUAGUCUUUCACCACUUGUCCUCCUAGUCCCCAGGCCCUUUCUAACAGAUACAAACUAGUAUUUCCCACCUGGGAUAUGGGAACUUGUUAGCAGUCAG